ACUUGUGAAUCAGUCGUGCCCCCACGAGGAUCCACACACGAUGCCGGCCACAGGCGAAGACCAAGACCUGGUGCAAGACCUCAUCGAGGAGCCCGCCACCUUCAGCGACGCCGUCCUCUCUUCCGACGAGGAACUCUUCCACCAGAAGUGCCCCAAACCCGCCCCCAUUUACUCCCCGGUCUCGAAACCGGUCUCCUUCGAGAGCCUCCCCAACAGGCGCCUCCACGAGGAGUUCCUCCGCAGCUCGGUGGACGUCCUCCUCCAGGAGGCGGUGUUCGAGGGUACGAGCCGCAAGAACCGGGUGCUGCAAUGGCGGGAGCCGGAGGAGUUGAGGCGUCUGAUGGACUUUGGGGUGCGGAGUGCGCCCUCCACGCACGAGGAGUUGUUGGAGGUGUUGAAGAAGGUUGUAACUUAUUCGGUUAAAACCGGACAUCCGUACUUCGUGAACCAGUUGUUCUCGGCGGUGGAUCCGUACGGUUUGGUGGCACAAUGGGCCACGGAUGCGCUCAAUCCGAGUGUUUACACCUACGAGGUUUCGCCGGUUUUUGUUCUGAUGGAGGAAGUGGUUUUGAGGGAGAUGAGGGCCAUUGUGGGGUUCGAGGGGGGAAAGGGCGAUGGGAUUUUUUGCCCAGGAGGGUCCAUUGCCAAUGGAUAUGCCAUCAGUUGUGCCAGAUACAGGUUUAUGCCCGAUAUUAAGAAAAAAGGCCUCCACUCUCUCCCCCGUUUGGUCCUCUUCACCUCUGAAGAUGCCCACUAUUCCAUCAAAAAACUCGCCUCUUUCGAAGGCAUCGGCACCGACAACGUCUACUUGAUACGAACGGACGCCCGAGGUCGCAUGGACGUCUCGCACCUGGUGGAGGAAAUCGAGCGUUCGCUCCGUGAAGGCGCCGCUCCUUUCAUGGUCAGUGCCACCGCUGGAACCACAGUGAUUGGUGCCUUUGACCCCAUCGAAAAAAUCGCAGAUGUGUGCCAAAAAUACAAACUGUGGUUGCACGUGGACGCCGCCUGGGGAGGUGGCGCGCUUGUCUCUGCCAAACACCGCCACCUCCUCAAAGGGAUUGAGAGGGCCGACUCGGUCACCUGGAACCCUCACAAACUCCUAACAGCCCCCCAGCAAUGUUCCACACUUUUACUGCGACAUGAGGGUGUCCUCGCCGAGGCGCAUUCCACGAACGCCGCUUACCUCUUCCAAAAAGACAAAUUCUACGACACCAAAUACGACACGGGCGACAAGCACAUCCAGUGCGGCCGCAGGGCCGACGUCCUCAAGUUCUGGUUCAUGUGGAAGGCGAAGGGAACAUCAGGGUUGGAGAAACACGUCGAUAAAGUGUUCGAAAAUGCGAGAUUUUUCACCGAUUGUAUAAAAAAUCGGGAAGGGUUUGAAAUGGUGAUAGCGGAGCCCGAAUACACAAACAUCUGCUUUUGGUACGUGCCGAAGAGUCUGAGGGGGCGCAAGGACGAAGCCGAUUAUAAAGACAAGCUGCAUAAGGUGGCCCCCAGGAUUAAGGAGAGGAUGAUGAAGGAGGGCUCCAUGAUGGUCACGUACCAGGCGCAAAAGGGACACCCGAAUUUUUUCAGGAUUGUGUUCCAGAAUUCGGGGCUUGACAAGGCUGAUAUGGUGCACUUUGUUGAGGAGAUUGAGCGGUUGGGGAGCGAUCUUUAAGGCCUUGAAUGGUGCUAGUUAUAGAUUGUGUAAUUAAUGUAAAAAGUAUUAUUUAAAAAAUGUAAAUUUUGAUGUAUUUAUUCUCAUUAGUUGUAGUUUAUUCAAAUAAAAGUUUAAAAAA